AUGCUCUUUGGGAGCGCUCGACGGCUCGAUUGCUUGAAUAACUAUUAGAAAUUUAAACGAUAUUUUACAUAUAUCUACCAAUCCUCUCUACAUUUACUUAAGCUUUCAAAAUUUGCGUAUUCCUUAUAAUGUAGACAAUAUUUUAGGAUCGUGAACGGUAUAACGCAGUCAUAAUAACUCCCGCAUUAGUAGAUUGAAUAUUGAAUGUGAACUAGUUGUUUACUUGCAAAACAAAGGGAAGCACCAUGUGUGACAUAAAACUGGAGCCCGAAUAUCUAGAAAUAUGCCGCGGCUGCCUCAGUUCAAAUAGGAGGCUAUCUUCUGUGGAAACCGCCGUGUAUCAAGCUCUUUUGACCGAAGAGCAAAUUCACGAAUUGGAUCUUAAGGAGCAUAUAGCUUUGUGUUGGGAGUGUAUGGCUCUACUGCGCAAGACAUGGGGGUUCCGGGCACAGGUGCAGAAAGCACAUAUUAUUCUACAAGACUCCUUACAACUUUCACCAACAAAACCUACUUUGUCUUCUCUUUCUGUCCAUCAAAACUUUGAAUAUGAUGCUGUUUUUGAAGAAAACACACCACAUGAAUUACCAAUUUGUUAUGAACCAAGCUCAACUGCAGACCAUGAUAAAGUUAUUGUACCCACGAAAUACAAAACUGAAGUAACCAAUAGUGAUAUAAAAAGUAUAAAAACUGUUAAAGUCGUUCUACAAGAUAUUUCAAAAAAUUAUAUUAAAUCUGAACAUCCCAGUGAUGAUAGUGAUGCUACUGAGAAUUUAGAAGCUGAUGAUAGUUACAUUUCCUCUGAAGAAAUGACAGAAACAAAUAAUGAUACUAGAGAAAUUUUACGAAAAACUGCUGUAAAUAGAUUGUCAGUAGUAAAACAACGUAAUAUACAAGAGGGACCAAAGAUAACUAAAAAAAAUAUUAAAACUCCUGCAUUACUGAAACUGGGACAGGAAUCUCAAAAAUCUAUUGAUACCAAAAAGGUUGCACCGAAAAGAAGAACAGUUACAUCACAAAAACUUUCAGUAAAAAUCCUGAAACACAAUUCAAUUAAAGAUGAAGGAUCUUCAAAUAUUGAUAAUAAGAAUAAAGUAAAAGAGGAUGAUAUUGACUCAGACAUACAAGAUACCAAAGCUGAUUUAAAUCAUAGUGAAUUUAAAACACAAGCAAAAGAAGAAAAGCAACCAGAUUUACACACAAAAAUCAAAUCGGAAGGUGGUGAACAGAAAAAAUCAGAAACAAAGAAGAAAAAACAUACUUUGAAAUUCAGGAAAAUAAACACUAAAUAUAAAAAGAUUGAAGAGGUUUUGCCAUAUUUUCAAGAAGUUGAAAUGAAUGAGCAAGAUUUAAAGAGCACCUUAGAAAAAGAUGAUGCCAUUGUUGAUAAACACAAAAUCCAUAAAUGUAGUAUAUGUGGUGUAACGUUUCAGCUUCUUAUAAAUUUGAAGGGACAUGCGUUACGAAAUCAUAAAAAAACUCAUCCUGAACACUUUGACAAUACAAAUUUCAACAACCCAGCCUUAGUGCUGCCGCAAAAGUCCGUCUGGCGUUGCGAUGUUUGCGCCAGAAUGAUGCGGAAAGAACAUGUAGUCGCACAUAUGAAUGAAUUCCAUGUACGUCGAUUUCUGUGCAAUGGCUGUGAAUGGAGCUUUAAGCCUUUUUGGAAAAAAGAAGAUCGCCUACGACACUGGAACGAAAUUCACAAACAUUUAAUAUGUCACAUAUGUGAAAUACGCAGGAAAUCAAAGAAAACGAUGGAGUUUCAUAUCGAAGAAGCUCACAUGCCAAAUUUACUUCGACAUCAUCAAUGCCCUCACUGCCCGAACACAUAUUCCGACCGUAAAUCCCUAUUAGAGCACGACAGAGACACCCAUCAGACGCCGGAGCCGGUCGAGCGGCGUUACUGCGCCGCGUGUGACGUCACCUUUAGGAGGAUCGAGGGCUUUCAGGCGCAUUUCCGUAAUUGUCAUUCCGGAAAACCUAAAAUGAGGUUCCCGUGUCCACAAUGCGACAAGGUUCUGACCAAGAAAAUCUAUCUUAAGCGUCAUAUGAACAUCAUUCACGCAGGCAUAACCGAAUUCCGCUGUCAUAUUUGUGGCAAGUACUUGUGCAAGAAAAUGGCGCUGCAACGACAUUUGGAUACGCACAACAAUAUAAAACGUCCGAGCAACCACGCGUGCAGUAUGUGCGGGCGCAAGUUUCAAACCAACAGUAGCCUACAGUUCCACAUGAACACGCACACAGGCGAACGGCCAUAUAAAUGUACAGAAUGCCAGUCAGCGUUCACUCAGCCCUACACGCUACGCAUGCAUCUGGCCAAGCAGCACCACGUGGACGUCAGCGUGGGGACCGAUGGGACGAUUGUACUAGCAAUGAAGUAGACAAAAACUGUGCAGAUAUAUGAGUGAACCAUUAAAUA